AUGCUCGAAGCAAGUAAGAGUGGAAUUAGCUUUGCCCUGAUACAGGAACCAUACGUGGGGGGAAUAGGAUGCAUGAAGGACUACCGGGGAGUUCGCGUGUUCCAGUGCUCCAAGAGAAGGGAAGGUGUAGUGAAGGCGGCAAAAGCUGUCUUCGAUAGUAAUAUCGACAUCACUCAAUGUCCAUCUCUCACCAGGAACAACAUCGCAGUGGUUAAAAUAAGAACGGACACCUGGGAGUUAGCAGUGAUCUCAUUGUAUCUGGAACCGGACUCACCUAAUGAACCGUACCUAGCUCAACUGAAAACAAUAGUUUCGAGAAUGGGAAGAACCCAAAUACUUAUUAGGAGGGGACGUAAAUGCGAAGAGUCCAUGAUGGGGAAGCGUGAGAGAAGAUGA